AUGACACGGGGCAGUGUAUCUCCUUAUCCCGUUAUCCUGCUAUCCCAUUAUCCCUGUAUCCCUCUAUCCCGUUAUCAUUCUAUCCCACUAUCCCUGUAUCCCACUGUCCCAUUAUCCCUGUAUCCUGUUAUCCCCGUAUCCCACUAUCCCGUUAUCCUGCUAUCCUAUUAUCCUGCUAUCCCUGUACCCCACUAUCCCUGUAUCCCAUUACCCCUGUAUCCCGCUAUCCCUGUAUCCCACUGUUAUCCCUGUAUCUCACUAUCCCAUUAUCACUCUAUCCCACUCUCCUGCUAUCCCUCCUAUAUCCCUGUACCCCUCUAUCCCUAUAUCCCUGUUAUCCCUAUAUCCCUGUACCCCUCUAUCUCCAUAUCCCGC